AUGUUGGAGGCUGUCGAAAUGCUGGGUGGAGUGCACUCCAUAGAUAAGCCAGCCGGGGUGGAGGCACGUACGAGCUUGUCUGGAGAUCAGUGGCUCUCAGCCCCACGCCGCGGCUGGGCCGAGCAGCAACAACCCAUUGUCGCUCGUGGGGGAGAAUUGCAGUGGCAGCAUACAAGCCUCAACAAAGACACCGAGGUCAUUGAUUGCCGCGUGUUCUCCGCUGCACCCUCGAGCGACAUGACUCGAUCGACGGGACGCACCGCCCUCGCGAUACGCCACAGGGACCUCCACAAAACCCCCGGAGCAGCAGGCCAGCUCUGGUACCUGCCAUUUCGUGCGCGUCUGCAGUUACGAUUCUUGCGCGCAAGAAUAGUCGAGCAGCACCCCGGCGCCCAGAAGUCCCCUGCAGCGUCCGAGGUGCUGCAGACACGGGGAAAUUGGACGCUCCUCCAAACGCUGCUUGGCGCACGGCCUCAGUCGUCUCGCCGCGACCAACACCAGCAUCUGGCCGCCAAACGCAACAAAAGACGUUGUAAUCGCUUGGUGCCAUUCUUGCGUGAUACGGACCCAGCAUCCGUCUUGAUUCUGGGAGGUCGUACAGCCACGAGUCGCCCAAUGGCCGGCGUUGUGCGAGCGAGCGAACACAGAGCCAUGUUCCGCGCCUUCGCCAGUCCAUCACCUGGAAUCAGAGACAUCGGCGUCAAGCUUUCGCCCUCGAGCUUGUCGACGCAGCACAAGGCCUGGGCAGGUGCUUAUCCGUUAUUGGCUGCCAAGCGCCAACGCUCGGCGGGUCAAGAAAUACGCCCGUAA